AGCCUUUGUUUAUGUCAGGUUUUAUCAAAAUCCAAGAUGGUGGCAGGGUGUGCUAGUUCGGACUGUGAUGCUAUUAGUUUUCGAUAGAAAUUGUGAUUAAAUUUAAGUUCAUUAUGUUGCUCAGCUGUACGCAAAAGGCAGCACCAAAGGAUAUUUUUUGUGCCGAGAUUUUAAUCAACUAAUUUGUGCCCCGGGUUCGGGUGCUUAACGCAACGAAAAAGGAACCAACCAACCACCACUAAAGCAAAAUGAGUUACGAAGUGACGGAAGAGCCGGCCUUUAACGGCGACGAUCUGAUGAGCAUGGGUCAGUUCAACAUGACCCAGCCGCUCGAGGACAUGAAGCUGGACAAGAACAUGGUCUGGCUGUUGGUGUCGCUGCUCUCCUCGAUCGUGUGGAUGGUCUACAUUACGUUCUACAACUCGCGGCUGUUCGGCUGCAUCAUCACCAAGCUGGCCAAUCGGCUUUACGUGCGUGGUGCAUACUUCAAGAUCGGUUCGCUGAACGUGAAUCCGUUGGCCGGCAAAAUCAUGUUCCGUGACGUGGUGUACGUGUGUUUCGACUAUACGGUGCGCGUGCAGGACGGAUACUUUAUAUUCCGCUGGUGGCGUUCGUACGUUCCCAAGGAUGUGUCGGAAGAUUUGUCCCACUCCGAUACGCGCCUGUCAGUGAUGCUGAACGGGUUCGAGGUGCACAUCUACAACCGUUCCGAUCUGUACGCCCGGUUGGAGAAAACGUUCGGCCUGAAGCCGUCGGUGCUGGUGCCGACGGAAGACAUGAAUGCGGAGGAGAUAGCCAAGUUCAAGGAACAGGUCAUGAACGAUGAAAAUCAACGGCACAUCAGCGAAGCUUCGGCAAAGAUUAAAAAGCCUCGGCCAGAGGCGAUGACCGCGACCACGUGGCGUGAUCUUAUUCCGGUCAUCAAGAUCGACAUCUGCUCAGGGCGUUUCGCGUUCGGCAAUCGGCUCACACCGACGACCCUGUCGCUGUGUGUGGAAGAGGCACACUGUGUUUACAGCACGAAACCGGCAGUCUCCAAGCUGGACCACUUUAUGCACUUCGUGAAGGCAAAGGUCGAGAACGCGAAGGUGCUGCUUGCACCGAGUCCCAAGUUUACCGGGAUGGUAGAUGAGCCACCGCGAUACAUGGGCGAGGGGUUCGUGGUCAUGAUGUCCAAUUUGACGGAGCUGUACUUCUACAUGGACGAGGCGGGCGUAGUGCCCGAAGAGCCGGUUACACUGACGCUCGCCAACGGAGACGUUGUGGAAGCGGCACCGCCCGUCUGGGGCAUCGACAUCAAAUGCGGCAAGGGUACGGACUUCAGCUACGGUCCGUGGGCCGAUCGGCAGCGUGACCACCUGUUCAAGUUCUUCUUCCCGCCCGACUAUCAGCCGAUGCCGGUGACGAAACCGCCGAAACCGGGCGAUCGGCGUGAAGUGCGAUCGUUCGACAUUAGCCUGUGCACGCUGAACGAAGCAACGAUCGAUGUGUUGUUUUCGAAGAACAAAGAAACGAACGCAGUGCACGUGAAUAUUGGUGCGGGCUCGUAUCUGGAAGUGACGCUGCCGUGGAUUAUACUGCAGGACGGAAUGGCGACCAAGGUGACUGGACAGCUGCUGCACGUAGAAGCAACCACUAGCUUGCAGUAUCGCAGUCUGGCCGAGUGUGAAACGCUGCAAUUUAAUGUGAAAGUGCAUUAUCCUUUGAAAUGGAACGAUCAUCAAGAGUGGACGAUAAAUUUAACGGGCAGCAAGGCGACAGCGUACAUCGUGUUCUCCCACAAGGAGUUCUUCCAGGAUUUGAUCGAAGAUUGGGCAUCGAAGGCAAGGCCGGACAUUCUCAGCUUCGUUCCGUACACUUGGAAGUUCGGAGUGAUCCUGAAGGAGUUUGAGAUUCUAACGUUAAGCAAUGAGUUCAACUGGAUCGAUUGCUCCAGCACCAAUCAGGAAAAUCACCACCUCGCAUUCUGUGGCGAUCUGUUCGAUCUGAGCUUUUCCUUACCGUUCGACGAUUUCUUGCCGGUCAAACUGCCGAUCGUGUUUUGGAUCCACGGCGAAGGGCUAGACCUGAGCAUGUACAUUCCGGAAAUAUCGAGCAGUCGCCCUAUUCUGUUGGCGCUGGAUGAAAAUGCACGCAUUCUUACGCGUGACGGUAGCGUCAAGAAGCGUUCCGAGCUAAUCAACAAAAAGUGGCGGCGGGUUUGUCAACGAGCGGUCGGAUGGAUUGACUGCUGGACCGUGCCGAUAGUGGCACUUUCGAUCAAGUACAUCUACCAUCCGAUGCCACCGCUGGGACCCGAUCCGCAGGCCGACAUAACGACACCGGAAAAGGAGGAAAUAUUGCUAAGCCCAAUGCGCAUACCAAAGAUGCGUAAAUCGCCCGCUAUUGCCUGGACUACGGUCGGUGACGGUGGUGCGCCACGAUUCGAUCCAACCAGCUUACCCCCGGACCAAGUGUCGGUGGAGCUGGAAAUUGGUUCAUCGGUAAUGCUCGCUUAUGGUGCAAUUCUGCGCAACUUCAUCCACCUGAAGGAGAACAUUUUCGGGGAAGAUCAAUCGUUUACGGAUAUGGAAAAUUCGAACAGCAAGAAUGCGUCCCGAAGCAGCCCGCUGGCCGGUGGGCAUGGCAAAUCGUCCGGGUUUUCAAAGGAUGAUCCAUCGAAGUCACUGUCGGAAACGAGUCUCAACCCGGACGAGAAGCCAAAGCGCUUCGAUCCGAGGCUCUACCGUCCGCUGGAGGUUAUUGUGAGCGUUACGAUCCACGACCUGCAAGCCCACGUUAUGAAGAAUUGCAACGAAAACGACCCACCCUGUCCGAUUGUACUGAUCGAACGGCUCGGGUUCGAAAUGAAGAAGCGGUUUUACGAAACGGAGCUCCAGGUGCUAGUAAGCCCGUCGUUUUUGAUAUCGUCCGAUAAUGCGAUUCGUCCGGCAAAGGACAAACAUUUGCGCCAGGGCCAUCUGCUGCUGUCCGCCGUGCAAGUUCGAGGCCAUGCGAUGUUCAGCAACGAAGGAAGACAGCUGGAAGAGGAAACGCUCGAGUACGCGUGGUUGCUAGAGGUACAGCUUGGAAAACUUUCCGGCAAGAUGACGCUUUCGCAGCUGGCCAACGUUGUGACGGGUCUGGAAACGCUUGCCUUUCUCACGAUGGAUUCGGAGAAUGAGUUGAAAUCUCCGAAAACUGUACGCUACUGCCAUCACGGUGUUCCGUCUAGUACGUGCCCCCAUACGAAAGAGGAUGCCAAGUACCGAUGUCCCUCCACGGAGGACAUCAAGUAUCGAAUGACUCGAGUAGCCGUCGAUGCGGUCGAUCUGUAUCUGAUCGAAAACGGGACCGCCAUGCACACGUGGAUAUCACCGAUCCGAUUGGCCACGUGCAACUUGCAUGGGCAGCAGGUCAAAUCCGGCAUAACGGGCCUGGUGCCUACCAUACUGCUGCGUCAGUUUGUCUCUACCGGUGGACACUUCAGUCAGUACAGUAGUGGCAACUCGCACAGUAACACCAACACUACCGGAAGCAGCCGUUCGGCCAAGCUACAUCAUCAGAACUCCACGAAGCACGUGCCGGACGAUGGCUACCGUAAGUCAUCGGAUGAAACCGGCCCGAUCUAUCGACGCACUGCGAUGGACGAUGGCGGACCGAUGAUCACGUCCACCGGGUCCGGGUCGUCGGGCGGUGUGCUAAAGUCGGGAAGGCGAGAUAAUGCAGUGGAUCCCCCGUAUCCGCAGCAUCGAAAGGAUUCGAAAGAACACCGGGACGAUCCGUAUGGUUCAAUGUCGAGCAGAAAGGGCCGUGAUCGGACGGACGAUACAUCCAUACACUAUCGCCGCGAUAAGGAAGACCCAUAUGCAUCGAUACACUCUGCAAGGAACAGUGGACGUGAUAUUGAUUCGAACGAACCGUGGCUGGAGGUGGGCUGUGUAUCGCUGGGACCAAUUAUCAUAGAAGCAGCCUCAGCUCUCCCCAUUCCAGAGCAUUGCUUGCAUCUGGUACAACACAGCUACUUAAAAGUGCACGAUGAAAAGAACAAGAAGCUGUGGUUCCUCUGGUCGAGUAGUACGGAUCCGGUGCGAUGUGGCUGCGUCGGUGGUUGUGCCUUUUUCGGUACGAAUCGCAACGGACCGCGAUUCUUCAAACCAAGUGCCCAAGACAUCCAGGAGUUUAUCAACAUCGCCCGCUACCACAUCCACCCGAACACGCGGGAGUACGGGUUCGGACAGAGUUUGCUGCACGAGGGUCAACUCGUGUUCCACACACCACCGUAUAGCUUGCAGCCGGUCUCGUUGCAGGAAUGCUACGAGUACAUUGGAAAGCCGAACCUUCACCGCUCAGGCCAUCGGCAUCCUCCGGCACAUGGCGGAGGGGUACCUUCGGCCUGCUGCGGUACCGGUAUAGGGUUGGACAGCAAGUCACCGCAUCUGCCGCAAAAGCAUGACACGAUGCUGUCGCAGAAAAACGCUUCGGCGGAAAUCUCUCCCAACAACACACUUAUUCGUGGUGGCAGUGGAGGUGCGUCCGGGCCCACGGGAGGCUCAUCGCUCCCGGGAACAGGCCCUGGCGAGCGUUCCGGCAAAUCAUCGCUGGAACGAGUGAAGGAAAAAGACACCGGCUCACCACACGGUUCGGACCGUGCCCGUGGACGACGAUUUUCCUACACCAGUGGAAGACAAAGCACCAUACCACACGAUGUGCCGUACUGCCGGCUGCUGGACUCUAGCCCCAAAACCACCGCCAACAGUUCGAAGGUAUCCACCCCAACGCCUAGCCGCAUGGAUGGAACUGAGUCACGUUUGCUCACCCCGAAAGGAUUCAAGGUGCUGAAAUCUGUAGUUACUAACACGUACGCAUCCGACUCGCGACUGACAGUGACUGGCGACUAUUUGCAGGGCGAAAUGGAGGUAGACGAUCAUCAUCCGCAUUCACAGCAGACGUCCGCCCAUUUGCAUCACCAUCAUCAGCAUCAUCAGCACUACCAGGGACAACAUCAUGCACAGUAUCAUAAUCAGCAGCAGCAGCAGCAGCAACAUCACCACCAUCAGAUGAUGUUGGAAAUGUCUCACUCUGCUCCUUCUCCCGGUCAUCCAUUGGCCUCCGACUCGGAACAAUCGCUGGGCGGUAUGGGUCUUCCCAUGGGUGCCGGCAUACGCCCGAUGCCUUCGGAUGAUGUCAUAAUGCGCGACGUGCAGCGGACGGUGUCACUAACGUCGGAGAAUCCUUCCGAAGCAUUCUUUUCGGCGGACGAGGAUCUGCACGCGUCCCGCAGCUCCAGCCUCAAGGCGGGCGGUGUCGAUCACCAUCCUCAUCCGGUGGCGAUACAGAAGAAGCGCUUCGCAUCGGAUCUCAGCAUCGUGGGACCGAAUGAGCUCGAGGGGCGGCUGUCGACGCAUCGAAGCGACUACGAAAUCCACACGCCCGAACACAGAAGUCUUCCGAUGAGACCCCAGUCGACGGCGGAGCUGAACGAAGAGGAACGGCGGCUCCACGGUCUAGCGACACCGAUGCGUAAGUUUAGCAACAUUUCGCCCCGGCCCGAGUUCCGUCAUUUUAAGCCGGUUUAUGAUGUUGAUCCACAAGACUCGUCGGAAUCACAUUCGCUCUCUUCAAGUUCGUUCAUAUCGGCGCUCUCGUCACAGGAGGACAUCACGCUGGUGAACUUGCACAUGCAAAUCAAUCGACCGAUCGUCGACUCACCCUUACUGAUGGCUAGCUACGUGACGCAUCUGACACAGUUGCGCUGCUCCAACUGGUCCCACUGCUCCAUGCCGAUGGGUGCCGACUCAUUCUCCAUGCCACUGUUUCAGCAAAACGAGGACGGCGGGCUGGUGUACAUCGGAGGCAAGCUUAUACCGCACUUUGACACGUACACCAACUGCCGUGAGGUGAAGAUCGUUUCGCGGUACGAUGUUCCAUCGGCGGGAAGUGGCACCAGUGGCGGUCUCUCGGGUGCGGCCGGAUUCUCAACCCUGCCCAAACCUCAUCCAUGGGACCCGAGCGUACUGGUGCGCAGUAGCUUCGACAAGCAGGAGAGUAAGGAAGGCGAAAACGAGUUCCUCAGCUCUCAAGGGGAGAUAGCGACACGCAACUCAAUCGUGGUUCGUUUCAAGGGACAGGUGGACGUUAUGCUGACCCCACUCCUGCUGGAAGGAUUGCAAAGGAUGAUCGAAUCGCUAACUCCCACUCUGUCGACAUUACACCCGCUGACCGUGGUGAACGACAUUCAUGCGUCAUGCGUGCGGAAAGUCGAAGCCGUCAACAUAUUGAAGCGCGAUCAAUCGCUAAGCUACUGGUCGCAGGUGCACUCGAACUCGAAACGAUCAACUGCCGAGCGCAAUCUCCAAGGCCCCGGCGGACCCGUCUUGACGGACGUGUACGAGGAAAGCAUAUCGACACAGGUGCAAGGGUUGAUCGUAUUGCCGAAGAUCAAUGUUACUCUCAUUCAGAGCUCGGUGGUUGAGGAAGUGAUCUCGUUCGCUGCACUAGACAACGUACAGGAGCUGAGCUGCGCGUCCCUGUUGGCCGUAUGCUUCGAGGGAGUAUCGACCCGGUUCCAUCUGGGCAAAACAACGAAAGCAUCUAUGCACACAGUCUACACGCAGCCGACUGUCCGUUCAGGUGGACUGAAGAAAAGUGGUCUUAUCCGAGGCACUCGGGCACUGUUGGCCCAUCUUUCGUCGCAGACCCGUCCGGAUAAUGUGCCCGGUGAACCGAUCCUGUUGGAAACCUCGGAAAAGCAGCUAGAGGAGCUAAUCAUUACACUCGACAUUGGGAAGGCCCAUGCGCAACUGCGCCGGCUGAAGAACGAAUCGGCCAAUCUGCCCGAAUCGCAGAUCGUUAUUACGGCGAUACCGGCCCAUCGCAGCCGCGCGAUGUUCGACUGCACACGAAUGCCAGACGAAUCGUCAGCAGCCACCAUGGAAGCCACUACGUCCGGAGGGCUGGGUUACAUCAUGUUUGAGGGCGGAUUAGAAGGCGUUAGCGUUAAAAUCGUGAAACGAUCGCAGUUUGAAAAGUCCGAAAAUGCGGAAGAAUCGCUUAAACCCGAGCCUGAGUCCAUGCCCACCGCGACCGUACACUCGGAAGCAAACCAAAGCAGCGUCACGCUGAACAAUCCACUCAACUUGGUCACUUUGCUGAACGAAGCUGGCGGUAACAUGGCAGCGGAGGCGCUGGCAAAGUUUGGAAUGAAAAAGCCUGGUACACCGAAAUCGGCCGGAGGCAGUGGCAAGGAACGUUCGUCGUUGUUCGACAUCAAAUCGAAGGAUAAGGUUACAACCACCACAACCACCACCACUACUACCACUACCACAAUCAUCGGGGAUGGUGGAAAAUCGUUCAAAACGAACAUUGUGCCCGACGAGCUAGAUGCUGCAACGAUGCGCGGAUCUUUCGUUAAUGAUGUUUCGCAACCGGCAGCAGCUCAUUCGGCCCAGAUUCCCACGACGACAGGCACUUCCAUGCAAGGAGCACAGGGUACACCCAGCGUUGGAGCUUCUAAUGCGGGCCAGCCAUACGCAACCGCUAGCACGAACGACUCUGGGUCAAAAGCAGAUGCAUCGGCUACAAAAGGAGGUGCGAAUAGUGGCUGUAACACUUCUGCCGGUACCGUUGCCCCAUGCAGUAACGAUAACGGCAAAACGUCUUCGUGUGUGAUCGACUUCAAAACGGUAUGGUUCAACUUUGCCGCGCCUCCACGGGCGCCCAUCACCCGGAAGAUUGACUACACACGGUUGGAUUGGAAUUUGCUAAGUACGGCUUCCCCGGCUAUCACGGCGUGGAUGAAUCCGUGCAAUCGAUUCGCCAUUAAGGUGGUUGCCCUCAUGAAAGCGAUGUACAUCCGGCGGACCGCAGUAACCGUGGCGCUUAUGGCCGAUGCAUGGGAACGGCCAUCGCUUCAUCGGCCAGUGAAGAGCCGCUACGGUGGCAAAUUUACGCCCCUCGCUAAAACGCUCCAGGAAGAUCCAAGCUGUCAGCUGUGUACGGUUUUGCAGAAAUUCGUGCUCGACGAAACGGCGGCCAAGAUUGAGUGCAUACUCAAGCAGCAGUAUCUUCCACUGUUAAGCACGAUGCGACAGGCUGUCAUCGUUUUGAGUCGGCAAUGGAAAAACGUCCUCUACAAUCCGAUGCUGUUUGAGCAUCAGUACAAGGGGAAACUAGCCAAGCCGGUCAACGUAACGUUUGCUCUUCCGCAAGACGAGGACGCCGAGGAUACGGAUGAUAUCGAUACGGAUAACUACCCCGUUGGGGUGCGCGAAAACCAUCCGCUGCUCGGCGAGGAAAACGAACACACGAUGCUGCUCGGCCAGUGCAUCCAACCGCAGCACCAGCAGCGUCAGCAGUCAGCCGCCUCGGCGACGUCCACGGCGCCCACCCAACAUACCGGCGGCGGUCAGCAGCAGCAGCAACAUUCAACGCAUCAUGUAAUCAAAAUGCCCGAUGAACCGCCGAUCCCGUCCGCGGCGGCAGUGCACAUGGCCGCCGCCAAGCUGGGCGAUUCCCUUAAUACCUCUCCCAGUACCACUAACAACUCGCACAACAAGCUGCGGAAGAAAUCGUCGGUAAAAAGUUUCAUUCCACCGGCAGCGCCACCGUCGCGUGCUAGCAUACAGAUGUUCCCGAUCAUCUUCGACAAGCAGGACCCCGUCGGGGUGGAGUACGGCGCACUGCGCGAAGGCUCCGCCCCGUCCGUGUGCAGCUCGUCCGACUCGAUGGACAAGCCAUGGACGCCGCCAGCGAACCACAAGGAAGAUCUGUACUCGUGGAUGGCAAAGCAGCAGAGCGAAAGUACGAAACAGCGGGAGAAGGAUAAAUCGACUCAAAACAAUCGACCAGCAUCGCAGAACCGGCCGGCAAUCCAUUCGGUGAAGUACAUGCAGGAUAACAAUCGGAUUCUCGAUGCACAUCUUAUCUUCGAGCCGAUGCUGACCUGCCUCGGGGUGAUGCCCCAACAGAUGAUCAAUAAUGUGUCGAGCAAGGACGUUUCUUCGUUGGAAAGUUUGGGAACGAACCUUUCGCUCGUGUGCUCGUUCGAUACGAUUCGCAUCGACAUUGUUGUGAGCGAGGCAGGCGAUAGCAAAAAGCCGCCGAAGCAGAAGGAUCCCAAAAAGCGUGGAAACGGCAAGUUCACGAUUAUCAUGCCGGGCGAGCAGCCGGCCUUCCUGUGCGAGCAGGUUGGCGUUGAGCUGGAAGUGCUGAAGAUGACGGACGGGUUUCCGGACGAUACCAAGCCGGCCAUGCUGUACGUUUCCCGUGGUCAGCUGAAAAAGCACACCAGCACGGUGAUCAACUUCAGCCUGAACGUGCGCUACAUCUCGCAGCAAGUCAACAUGCCGCUGUUGCGUUUGCUACAUCAAAUCACGAACAUGUACCAAAACGUGAAAGACGCUCAGAAUGAGUUGCGUGAGUCGCAUCCAGAAAAUGGGGGCAAACGCAGCGCCCCACUCAAGGACGAGUCAAGCCUUGCGUCGGAGAUCAACGAUCCGACGCUGAUGGGAUCGCUCAACGAGCCGCUCAUGGCACAUAUCGAGACGUCCGGCAUUUUCGACUACACCGAUGAGCGGUACGACAAAUUCAACGAAGAUAUCUCCACGAUGCGCCACGAGCUGCGCCAUUCGAUUAGUCGUAGCAAAAUGCCAACACUUGGACCGUUGAUUCCGCUGACACCGUCUCCGAACUCUCGCAAUCGGCCGCAUAGCUUUGCCCAGAAGCUGCGCAGCACGAGCAAAACGGUGAAGGGAAAGCUUGGCUACACGAAUCUGAAUGAAACGAUCAACACACCGAUCAAGAUGAGUCCCACGACGGCCGGAUAUUCCUUUGCCGAGGCGCACUCGAAGCAAUCGCUUGAAGCCAAAAAUUCGCUCACGGGUGGUCUUUCGAGCACGUUCGGAGAUUUCACCGCGCCGUUUGAUCGAUCAACUUUCACGGGACCGAUACACAGCAUCCUGGACACGCCGAAGUGCUGGAAAACGGUUUACCAUUUACUGGAUCUGUACUCCGCUAUGCCGGAAACGAAAACGAUUGCUCAUCGUGUUUCUAUUUCACCCGAUGCGGUUGAGCAGAUUAAGGCGCGAAAGUAUAACUUGCUGCACGAAAGUAAAACCAUCCGCGAUGAGGAGGAGUUCAUUGGUGGACAUGGCGCUGGCGGGGCUGGAGCUGUGAAGGACGUUGGUGUAAUAACGCAGGAACGAACCCGGCUGGUUGUGUUCGGUGUAGCGAAGAUACACCGCACCAGACUGCUGGCGUCGUUGAGUGGUUUAAAGCUGGAAGCGGAAAUAACGGCUCUGCACAGCAGUACGACUUGGCGCAAAAAAUCACGUCCAGCAUCGCUCGAGUGUUCGCUGACGGGACAAGUCGGCAGAGCGAUGAUAGUGUUGCUGGAAGGAGCGCAACCAAACCAGCAGACUGUGGUGAAAGUGUCGAUUGGCAAAAGUCAAACCCUGUACUCCAGCAUAACACGUCGUGGAAAGGACAAAAACAAUGGUUUGCUUUCGAUUGGUAUUGUAAACGUGGACAUUCCACAGCAUCCGGUCGCUCUGCACGGUAUGAUGACGAGAAGCUCGAAACAGAUAUCAUCAACGCUCCAGGAGCUACGAGUGACACGUACAUCCGCCCGUCUCACGCGUCAGAACGAGGAACCAGAAUCGCCGCUGCAUCACCAUAACCAUCAGCGCGAUACACGCGACAAGGCAACGCCCUCGGCUACGACCAGUCAGCGCAAGCACAGUACCGCCACGAUACGAACGAUGACCGGUGCGACGGCUGCUGCCGGCAGCAAUCCGAGCGGACUGCUGCAACCAUUGGUUAUGCAGUUUAACAUCAUACUGCAAAGCUUGUCGAUCAGUGCGGCGCUGUUGCCGUCGCUACAGGCGCAGUACAAAAUGGACCACGUCACAUCGACGGGCGUAACGGGUGGCAAGGCGAAGUUUACCAUCGAUCUGCCGAACCAUUCGCUCAGCUUUACGACCAAAAUUCAAACCACGGAAACAAACCUUCCGUCGGAAGCGUGCAUUGCACUGCCGCCGGUGCACGUUAGUGCCGAAUACGUGCCGGAAAGCACCACCGAGGAGCACCCAAUCGAUGGAGAAAAAAUCGAUGAAGAAAAAAUCGAAGGAGAAAAAAUCGUAUUGCGACAGGGUGGAUAUCUUGCUGCAUCGGCUGAAAUUGGCGUAUUCGAGCGCUGUCUCACGACUGAUCUGCUGAACCAUCUGGUGUUUGUGCAGAAAGUGUUCAUGAAGGAGGUCAAUGAGGUGGUGCAGAAGGUGUACGGGGGCGAAAAGCCGGUACCGCUGUGGCUGGAGGAUUCGGAAGACAAUGGAUCGACGAUCAAGCGCAUUCUGUUUUCGCUAAACAUACGUGUGAAGCGCAUUCAACUCACCGCAACGACCCCGUGCUCGUCUGCGGUACGCUUUGAAACGGGUCAGCUGGAGUUGCAUCUUUCGAAUCGCGUUAAAAACAUCGCAGAUGCUUCCAACACAAAGCUGUUCGGUAGGGCGCAGAUCGAUCUCAACCUUUCCCUGGGCCAGAUUAUCAAAAACAUCAUCUUCGACGAGGCGGAACCAGAGUUCCAGCAGCAUGCGUUUUUCAACACCACCAUCGGGUUGCGGAAUGCGUUCCAGAACGAGAUGCUCAAUGACGAUAAAGAGCUGGUGCUGAUCACACUGAAGAGACCGUUGAUUUAUGUACAGCCGAUAGCCGUCGAUAAGGCGAUACUGGUAUGGCUGAACUACAAAAACGCGUAUGAGUAUUGGACGGAAAAGCGAGCAAACCUUAACAAGGAGGUCCUCAUGGCAACGCAGCAGGUGCUGGAGAAGGUGCCGUUCGGACAGAUCAGCCACCAUUUGGCAACCACCGCGAACCUGUCCACCCUAUUCCUACAGCUGACGGUUGAAGACAUGGGAAUCUGCUUACCGCUUAACCAACCUCCACAAAUCUGGGGCAACCGCUCGGUACAGGAUUUCGAGCAGAAGGGAGCGGUAGUGAUAACGCUCGAGAACACCAUCAUUUCAGCCUGCAGUUCCGGUUCGCUCGUAUCGAAAGGACGCUUUGCUGGUUUGUGCUUACGGUUUGCAGAAGAUUUCGAUUCGUCGCUCGAUGAGUGGAAGCCCAACAUGAACGAUGCAAGCAUUAUGAAUCUUUGCGUCGUGUCCGAAGGAACGUAUGAGGUGUGCUCGCGAACAGUUGCCGCAAAACAUCCAGACAAUGCGAAAUGGUUCCUGAACGUAAAGUGGCAGAUGGAAGGCGUAGAUAUACAUCUCGAUGUUAACAUUGGCAAGCAACUGUCGGCCCUUGGGCACACGCUAACGAUGCUUACCGGCUCGGAGGAUGACGAACCGAUCUCGUCCGAUACGCCGGACAGUGACGAUAUCGAUGCUUCCGGCCAUCCCGGUGGAAAGGAUUCCAAGUCACGCAAAUCGGUCGAUUCGCUACCGUCCUUCCUGUUUGACACUACGCUGGAUCCAAAGAAGCGAUCACUGCUGAUGGAGAACGAAAUCAAUGAGCAAACGAAGAUUGUUAACGAUUUCCGCACUCUUGGUGCGUCGGUGAAAACAAUCGAGAAUGAAGAACGCCGGCUGCAGGAGCUGCAAGCCGUGUACUACAAAUACUUCCGUCGAGAUAUGAUUCAGAAAUGGAAGCGCCCUGCCAUGCGAAAGCCAAUGUUGAAGGCUGCUAACCGUUCCCGCUCUUUCGUGGCUCCUUCGCCAACCAGAGAGGAUCUGAUCGAUGCAGGCUGCAUCGAUGGACCGGGUGGGCAUGCGGGUACAGGUGGUGGCUGUGGAACGAGCAGCGUAAUGGAUGCUUUCACCGGCAGCGAAGACAUGAGCAGCCUGCAAGAAUCACCCAACUCAGGCCCAUCGCGAACCGCUUCGCUCAGGGUAAAGAUUCCACCCAACUCCUCACGGGUAACGUUCAGCGAAACGAUGCGUCAGUCUUCAUUGCCGAGCGCCGACUCGGAUGUGGCUGGCUAUUCCGAUUCUGGGCUUGAUUGGCCGCGUUACGAUUCAAGUUCGGUCACGUCGGACGUGCCCCACCUGCUCGAGAUCGAUGGAGAGCAUGUUGAGCUGCGCAAGAAGAGCCCCAGCCAUCCGCAGAAGCAGCAGGAACCUAACAUAGAUUUCGAGCUAGACAUUAAGGUACUGGUCAAUUCGGGUAAAUGCGUUCUGCAUACCAAAGAUAUCCACGACGAACGGCUCUCAUCGACAAUGGGAGGCGGCAAUAGCAAUAACGCAAGUACUAACGCUGCAAUGGCGGGCAAUAACAACAGCUCCAUGGCCGGCAAACAUCACAAGCGCGAGAGAAGCACCGGUGGAGCAACGGACUGGGGUAGUCCAGUGCCGCCGCGUCGCAAUAAGGAUAAAUCGCGCCUGAAGUACAACACUACACCCUACACGGCGUUGGUGGAUUUGACUAUAUUUCACAUUCCUGGUCUGGACGUAAAGCUGCAGUAUCAAUCGAAGACGGUGGGAGGAGACGAUGCUUCUCCGCGGUUAAGUACCGCGGAUCCGUUCGGUAUCCCACGCAAGCUAGCGUCAAAGCGAGCCACCCUGUUUGCUUGGAUGACGCUGCAAAGCAUCCCCGAGGAGACCAUCAUUUCUCCACACAUUCUAGAGUUUCUGGAGCAAACGUUGGAGCCGAUACCUUCAAACAAGGGAGCGGGAGGAUCGUCCGGAAUGGGAGGAGGUAGCAGUGUCGGCGGUGCUAGCGCUGUUAAUGGAGGUGGUGUGACCGCGGCCGGCGGAGGACCUUCAAAUCCAGUGAAUCUGCAAAUGCUGGAACAUAAUUACGCUGCCGUGUACGCAAGCUUCCCCGUUGAUGUGGUGGUUUACUUCCACAUGCAACCGUCGACGUUCCGGUUUUCAUGUCUUCCGGUAUCGCGCGUUGAGUGUAUGCUGCAACUACCCAGCUUGGACAUCAUCUUCAGUUCCAAUCGACAGGACGACGAUUCGGCCGGAGGUAACACUUCUUCUCAGAUGGGUGAACCGACGACAAUUCCUGGCGCGGACGGCAAGGUAGCGGGCGGGCUAAGUGUGACCGGGUGUCUGGCAGACUUUAACGUGUACAUUUUCCACCCGUACGGUGGUAAGAAGAGCAACUUGAAAGAGGCGCACCAAUUCUCGCCGCUUGCUGACAGUGAGCGGAAGGAUUCGCUCAGCAUUAACGUUGAGUUUGUGAAGUUCCACAUAACGCGCUCGAAAAAGAUAAACAUCAUCGAAACGAACCUAACAUCCCGCAAACACUCUGACCAGACGUCGAAAGCGACCAUUCGCUUCUCCACAAUUGUCGACAUUGGGUCGGCAUCGUUCAAGUACGACAUGCGUCGUUUGACGGAGAUUCUUGCCUUCCCGAAGGCUUGGUAUAGACGCAGCAUUGUACGACGCAUGUUCCUGGGCGAUCUGGGCAUGCAGCAGCCUAGCAUGUGCGAUCUGGAGAUACCAAUCAUACCAGAGGGAAGCACAGAUGGCAGUGGUAUCUCGAGGACGAGCGAUCGAGACCCGUCGAUGGAUGUGGAAGGCAGACUGGGCAGUCGAGUUGGCGAGGCGCUGAAUCGCGAUCGUUUACGAUUGAGCCUGGAAAAUAUCGGCAUGGGGACGGCGGGUGGUGGUAGUGGGGCGAGCAGUGCCUCGUCGACGGCCAGAAUAAAGGACCAAAAGUCGUCCAGCCUUGACUCCACCUCGUCACCGUCGGACGUGAAUCAGGUAACGUCCUGGGAAACGUUGGUGCUGUUCGCGAUCAACUUCACCAAGCUUAACGUGCAGAUGAACAUGGGCAACGUGAUGGGCAAUAUCGUCUGGCUAACGAAGGCUUUCCGCAGCGAUGGGCGGUUAAGCAUUGGCAGCACGGGUCACAAAAACAUGUACAUCGGUGUCGGCCUCGGUGGAUCGUCACUGGAUGCGAAGGGCGGUAUCGUCGGAGGUACGAUCGAUCUGAACCGAAUCGACACGUACAUUCACAUCCGCGAGGAUCCGGGCUCCGAGCCGGAUCACAAGGUCGGCAUCAAGCUGAUGGCACUGGAGCUGAAGUUUGACUACAUGGGCACGAGCGUGCUGAUGACGCGCGUCAGCUCGCUGAAUGCGCAGCUGCGAGACGAGUGGAAGUUCUCCAAGGAUCACGAUUUCGGCAACAAACUCCCCACCAACUACCCGGCGAUCAUUCUCAUCCAUGGCGACCUGUCCUGGGACCAGCUGCAAAUGAUGAUUUCCAAAUCGACCACCGCCGACAUCUUGAAGAUGUUCUACAAGCUGGAGGAGUUCUUCUCGCAGCAGUUCAAAUCGUCCAAGCGCGUGUUCUCCAGCCUGGAACCCCGGCUGGCCAAUCCUUCGCUGAGGGCUAGUGUGCGGCGCCGCGAGGAGAAAAAAUCGCUCGGCGCAGAAGCGUCGAUCCAUGACGCGCGGCACCACCGACACUGGCAGCGACCGCUCAAGCAGACGAAGGGUCUGUGGCUGUCGACGCUCGGUGUGCCGCUGUCCAACAUCGGCACCGUACUGGGUGGCACGAUGGAGCUGCACGGGCAGAACAUCUCGCUGGCCUGCUUCCAUGGCAUAAACUUCAAGGCCAAAUCGUGGGCCCUGUUCAGUCUGAAGGAACCGUGCAUUGAUUUUGCGACCGAAGCGCAACACGUCGAAUCGACCGAGGAGGUGCACAUCAUCCAAACGCUCACGUUCGGGCUGGGCAUGAACACGCAACAGCCACCGCAGCAUCACUCGAACGCGACCGUCGUGCGGAUGUCGCGGAACGUUAUCUUUCCGCCACAGUUCAAAACGCUGCACGAGUGGUUCCACUACGCGUUCGCGAACAGUGAAAUCGAUGCGGUAGAUCGUUUCCCGGUGAUUGAACGCGACAAGGAACACAACACCAAUUCGAUCGAACGGGCCCGUGGAUCUGGUUCAGGCUCAGCGCCGCACCAGAAGCUGCAGGAUCCGAACCACAAUCGCGAGGUGAUCUUUGCUCUACCCAGUUUGCAGUUACACUUCAAGACGGAGCAUCUGCAGGGCAUCUCUACACCGGACACAGCGCAGGACAAACCAAUGGUGGAGUGCAGCUUCAUAACGGCGUUCGAAGAUCACAUCUUUGUCACCGUUGAUGCGGAUGCAUUUUUCUUCUUACAUGAUCUCAUUACUUCUUACCUCAGCGAGAAAGAAAAAGUGCUCGGCACCAUUACCACCAAUCGGUCGUCGUCGCCUAAUCCCGUCAACGUAACGCCACCACCACCUGGCAGCGGAACACCAGCCGGCCUGUCGGUACUAAAGUCUGCUCACGCGCUAAAGUCCAGCACCUCCAAUCUGAUGUCUGCCGCGGCUCCCUCCAUGUCGUCGCUCGGUACGCAGGACUCGACCUCCAGCCAAUCGAUCGCUAAUGGUGGCAGUGCGGUAGAGUUGAACGAUGCAGGCAGCUCCGGAAUUGCUUCCGGUGGAACGGCUUCAACGCUAUCCGGCACUAAGAGCGUGCCACGCGCGACAGACGACACGAAGAAAGGACCUGGAAGCACCGUGUCCAGCCCUGCCACAUCCAUGGGUGGGGUAGGGGGUAAGCAGGUAAAUAUUGUGGUAGAAAAAUCGGACCUUGAAUCGUUCAUGCGGACCGAUUGGCGACACUUUAACUGCAAAACAUGGCAUCUGGAACCGACUGUACGACUCCUUUCAUGGGCUGGCAAAUCGAUCGAACCGUACGGCAUCGACUACAUUCUGAACAAGCUUGGAUUUAGCCACGCGCGCACCACGAUUCCCAAGUGGCUUCAGCGUGGCUUCAUGGAUCCGCUCGAUAAGGUGGAAGCGCUGCUGAUGCUGCAGCUGCUUCUGAUGGUAAAGGAUAAUGGCACAUCGGACGACAAGGACUCUAGUAGAGAUAAAUGAAGUGUAAGUGUAAGUGCAAGGUGCUAGAGCAGGGAGCGCAAGGGCUUGGGAAAGACACAAACAUUGCCCGUGCCGGUGAUGCGUUUUGUGGAAUGUGUGGUACAAUCUAAUGUCUAACUAUUGUUGCUUUUUUAUAGCUUCCUAGCUAUACAAACCCGUUGCCGCGUGGCACGUAUGUGCACCGGUGCAGGAUUAGAACGCAUUUAAACUUUCCACGUAGGGAUUUGAUAUUUGACGUACUCUUUUUCAUCCAACGAACCAAAACAGGUCCGUCGCUGUGUUGCGCGGAAUCUUUACUCUUUGUUUAUCGUGUUUAUCUCAACGUCUGCUCAACUAUAACUAUCUCUCUGUGUUAUGCUUUGUUUUUUUUUUUUUGCUCGCAACCAUGUGCAGCCCGUAACCGUGAUCUAGUCUAAAUUGGUAUGUUAUCUUCAAAACAUACGGUUUGCUGAAACACCCACCCCAACUGCUGCUAUUAAUGGACAUGAUAUUCAAAGUAUGGUAUGGCUCUAUUGACCCGUGCUUUCGAUACCAUUUUCCCCUCCCGAAGGGACAUUACAGUUCCUGCGACGUACCCAUCGAUAUGGCUUCUCUAAUAUCCUGUUUAAUGAGGAUAGCGAAUUACACUACUCGCGUAUCUGGUGCAUGUAGCCUCCUCCCCUCCACAAAACCAAGACAUUACAAUAACGAGACAUAACGAUCAUCAAUAAUCGAUUAAUAAUUAAACAAGAAAUAAAAAAUGUGAUCUACAUAAUAAUAUCAAGCCGAUAAAUAAGAA